UUGUUCAACCUCGUAUAUUAAAAUUGAUCAUUCCCUCAAUUUUUUACGCUUGAUAUUUCGUUCACAUUAAGCACCGUUCAAAUACAAGGUUGUUUGUCAAGAAUAGAAUUUCUGUACAAAAAUGGCGCAUGUCCAGAACCCGAUGUCAGAUGACUCAAAAGAUGAGACCGAGAAGAACGUAGGCGGCGGACAGAACGGUGUUGACAACAGAAAUGGAGGAGGUGCUACUGCUGGCGUGAUUGGUCCAUCAUCGUUUGUUUUCGGCCAGAACAUGGAAAGCCGGGUUCUGAAGCGUUCGGCAGAGGAGCAGCUAGAUAAGAAAACCGCUGAACAAGAAGACAAUGAGAGCAAAGGAGGAGGAGGAGGCAAGAAGGAAGACCCGGGGGAGUUCCCCAAGGCAACCUCGGCCGUCAUGUCUCAGAGACCAAUCAUCUUUGCAGGGUCUGGAAAGGAUGCCAAGGGAGAUAAAGAUGAUUCCAAGCCUAGCUUCAAGCUGAAUCCUCCAACACUAGUCCAUGGAAAAGCAAAAUCUGCACCCAAAGCUACAGAUGCCGAAGAGAACACAGCAAGUCUAUCCAAACCAUUGAUUCGUCCCUCACAUCUCUGCCGAGCCACUCAAAACUGGGCCGCCCUCAGCGCAGUCGCCACUGGAUUGGCUUUUAAACUUAAAGCAGCCUCCUCCCAUCCACUGGCCUCUUCUUUUUCUAAAUGUCAGUGGAAUGGAAAAGAUGGCAGACAACGCAACCCUGAAGACGGUUCAGUCGAGGUCUCAUCCUCAUCAUCAUCAGCUGCCACUGCCUCUGCUCCUUCCUGCCCCACAGAAGGAGCAGACCAUCCCGCCACCGCGGCCGAGGGUAGCGCCGAGGCCAGCACCAAUGGCAAACCCAAAACAAACUAUUUUAUCAAACUCUCCACCAACGACACAAGUCGAGACACCGGGUUUGGCGUCUUUGGAAGUUUCACCGACACGAAGGGUAACUUUGGGAAGAAGCAGAACGGAGCCACGGAAGAGAACUACUUCUUACAGUUUGCUAAAGUAGAUAGCAGCAGCAGUAAAGAGGCCACAGAAAGUCCAAAGGCUCUAAGUAACUCCAGUAAUUCAUUUGUAUUUGGCCAAAAGAUGGAUGAAAGAGUGUCUAGCCCACCGAAAAAGGAAGGAGAACUACAAACUGCCGCUCAAUUUGCGUUCGGUAAAAACGAAACAAGUCCUGAAGUAUCAACAAAGCCAAACACAUCAGACAGUGAGUCACCAGGGGCCCUUCAAGACACAGCUUGUAAGUCGCUUGUAGAGAGCGCCUGCGCUUAUGAGAAAGCCAAGAAGAGCAGUGAGGUGACAUUCCAGGAGGUGACAAAUAAGACGGGAGAGGAAGAUGAAGAAAACGUCUUCCAGACCCAGUGUAAGCUUUAUGUGUUUGAUGUUGAGAGACAUGUUUGGCAGGAGAGGGGGAGGGGCUUACUCAGACUCAACGACCUCGUACCUUCAUCGUCGGAGCAAUCAUCACUUCAGUCCAGAUUAGUGAUGAGGACUCAGGGAAGUCUAAGAGUGGUGCUGAAUACCAAAAUCUGGAGUGGAAUGACCAUCGAGAAACCCACGCUCAAAAAUAUACGUCUAUCGGCGAGAGACAAAGAGAGCGAUAGCAUAAGAGUUUUCCUCAUUGCCGCCUCACCCAAAGAUGCGGAGCAGAUCUACCGAGCAAUUGAGUACAGGGUUCAGGAGCUAAAGCACGCCGAGCGAGAGAAGGACGACGGUGAGGCACAAGAAGAAGAGGAAGAAGACUGUAAAGACGACGGAAGGAAGGAGAAGGCGUCCGUUGAGUAUCCAGAGUCUGUCGAGAGUGACGACUCGCAGUCACCAUCCAACUCGCUCGGUACUGACAGAAGUUCGCCAGAUCCAAGGAUUGAGGGAGAGCCCCAGACACCACCGACUGAUUAAGACAAAAAGGAAUAAAAGGAAACAAAAAGAACGGCGCUAGUUUGUUUUCCAUUGAGGAUCCUGUUAAGAUUAGGGUCCUGGGACCUUCAAAGUAGACUUGCGUGUUUGACUUUGAAACUCUGAGAAGAGAAACUCUGAAAAAUUGAGAUUGCGAGUGACAGCCAGGAGAGGAUGUUUUGGGUUGUGCCAUCUGUGUUUGAAGUACCUAUUGUGCUAUGAACAGAUUCAUAGGAACUCUGGAUUUCACUCCUUCAAGUUGUACAGCCAUUAGAGUAAUUUUCAUUGCUUUUGGAGAUGACGUGUAAAUAUUGAAAAACUGUGAGGGCCGAAUACUGCCCUCUGUUGAUGUGGAAAACAAUGAGGAACGGGAAUGUUCAUACCAAGUCCAAAGAGUAUUUUCAUCUUUCGUUUAUUCAGUAUACUGAGUAUUCAGGUUGUGAGAGAGGAGACCUUUUUUCAUUUGUGAUGAUUUCAUCUCGGAAUGAGAUGCUUACAUUACCCGUCUCAUUCUAAACAAGAAAGUCUUGAUGAUGGGUGAUAUGGAGAUUGGCGUAGGACUAGAAAUGAUUUUUUAUGUAUUUUUUUUUGUUUUUUUUGUUAAUAAUUUUAUACUAAGGUAUUUCCAGAUGUGUACAAAAUGGUAUACCUCCAUUGAAGGUAGGGUCAUACAGGAAAGAAAACAAAAAUUGUGUUAUUUUUCCCGAAAGGCUACUUGUUUAAAAGAUGAUGGUGGUUUUAAGGCCAUUGGACACUUUCGGUACAGAAAAAAAAAAAAAAAGUUCACAGAUUUACAAA